AUGAUGUCCGGCAUGCGUACCGCCUUGCUCCUGGCGCUUGUGGCACUGGCAUUGGUUGGGGCACAGACGAUCUCGCAGCCGCAACCCUCGCUGCCUGUCGAGAGCUAUAGUGACGAUCCGUUGGUCACGUCGGCAGCGCAGUGCACUCUGCGUUCGAUCCUGGCGACUGAAUCCGCACCGCAUGCGAUUGGACCACUCACAAUCCAGCCGGGCUGUAUGAGCGCCACGAUGCAACCGCAUGCUACGAGUUCGGUCAACGGUCAAACUCUGCCAUCUUCCGGAAUCGCGACCAUCUUUGGAUCAACCACGUCACUGGCGAGUCAAACCCAGACACAAGCUUCGCAAACAAGCAUGUCGAGUGCAACGAGCGCAACAGGUGCGACGAGUGCAGCACCUCCCCAGAGCUCGGCUUCGGGUGGCGCGCAGACCAAUGCGGCACCCAGGAAUGGCUGGGUGCAGAAUCAGAAUAUCGCAGUCGUCCUCUUGACCACGUUCGCCCUGCUCGCUGGCGUCACCUACUUCCUCGACGAACUCCUCACCCUCCUCGUGUAG